UUGCAUCGAAUGGCUUAACACAAUGAAACCCAAGUCGGUGGUGUAUGUGAAUUAUGGGAGUGUAACAGUGAUGUCGAACCAUCAUUUGGAAGAAUUUUCUUGGGGACUUGCAAAUAGUAAAUACCCGUUUUUAUGGGUAGUUAGGCCUGACGUUGUGAUGGGAGAAUCGGCUGUUUUUACAAGAGAAUUCAUGGAGGCAAUAAAAGGAAGAGGCUUCAUAACAAGUUGGUGUCCCCAACAACAAGUGUUGUCCCACCCAGCGGUUGGCGUUUUCUUGACACCCUGUGGAUGGAAUUCUCUGUUGGAAGCUGUAUCCAAAGGUGUGCCUUUAAUUUGUUGGCCUUUCUUUGUUGAUCAACAAACAAAUUGUCGAUAUUCGUGCACCACAUGGGGCAAUGGAAUGGAAAUCAACCCUGACGUAAAGCGUAAGGAUGUAGAGGCUCUUGUUAAAGAGAUAAUGGAAGGAGAUAAUGGGCAACGAAUUGUCGAUAUUCGUGCACCACAUGGGGCAAUGGAAUGGAAAUCAACCCUGACGUAA